AUGUCGCUCGACCGCUGGGAACGCCAAGCCCAGAAGGGCAGGGAUAUACUUAACAACUCGAUCCCGAAACAAUGGCUUCUGCCGGAAAGCCAACUUGCCCUUGCUACAACAAAGAAUGUGAUCGAUUUUCCGGAACAAAGUGGGCUCCUGAGCGAGCUCGAGAUGUUGAUUACCGAGCUGUCUGCGACAGAGCUAGUCGCGGAAAUGGGGAAGGGGAAGUUGACGGCCGAGGAGGUUGUUGUCGCGUUUCUGAAGCGAGCAGUCCUGGGACAACAGUUGUUGAAUUUCGCGACCGAGUUCCUCGCUGACGAGGCGAUUGCGCGUGCGCAAGAGCUUGAUAAGCACUAUAAACAAACGGGACAGCUGGUGGGGCCAUUGCACGGCGUCCCCAUCAGCGUAAAGGAACACAUCGGGUUUAAAAAUAAGACAUGCAAUACUGGAUAUGUUGCUUAUAUCGACAAAGUCGCCACCGAAGAUGCACAUCUGCUGCGAUUAUUGGCCAAUGCGGGCGCGGUUUUCCAUGUUCGAACCAAUCAGCCCCAGUCACUCAUGCAUCUUUGCUGCAGUAACAACAUCACGGGCACCACACUUAAUCCACACAACCGUACAUUGACCCCUGGUGGUUCCUCGGGAGGGGAAGGUGCCUCCAUGGGCUUUAAAUGUGCACCCCUCGGCAUUGGUACUGACAUCGGGGGCUCAAUCCGCUGUCCCGCUGCAUUCUGCGGUGGCUACGGCUUCCGUCCUACCGCAAUGCGCAAUCCUAUGGCUGGAAUCCAAGUUGCCUGUAUUGGACAGGAGACUAUCCAUGGCGUUGUCGGCCCCAUGGCCGGUAGUUCGAUUGAGGAUCUAGAGUUGUUCCAAAAGGCAGUACUGGAUCAAGAGCCUUGGGACGAUGAAACAUCCCUGAUGCCGGUACCUUGGAAGACUGUGACACCAACGCGAGAUGUGACGAUUGCUAUCAUGUGGGACGACGGAUACGUUCGUCCUCAUCCACCAGUUACUCGGGCUUUGCGCUUGGCAAAGGAGAAGCUCCUGGCUGCCGGUAUUAAGGUCGUGGACUGGGAACCGUACGAGCACCAGCGUGGCUGGGAUAUCAUCUCCACUCUCUACUACCCGGAUGGAGCGGCACUACAACGCCAGAUGCUCCGAGAAUCUGGCGAGCCCGCCCGCCCCCUUACUGAAUGGGCUUUCUCCUACGCCCACCCCACGCCGCUUACCCACGCUGAAGCCUGGACCUUGCAGUAUGAGCGUGAUUUAUACCGCGAUGAGUAUCAUGCUCUCCUCAAGAGUCGUGGCGUCGACUUCAUUAUCUCGCCGGCUUACCCUGCUGCUGCGGCCGUAAUGGGCGAAUCACAUUAUUGGAACUAUACGGCAAUCUGGAACAUGACGGAUAUGCCUUGUGCUGUGUUCCCAUCCGGACUCACGGUUGACCCAACAUUGGAUGCGCUUACAGAACAAGAUAAGAAGUAUGUGCCUCGUAACGAGGUUGAUGAAAGAGAGUGGAACAAAUACCAGGGCCCAUGGAGAUAUGAGGGUGCGCCCAUCGCGUUGCAGAUUGCGGGUAGGCACUUCAAGGAUGAGGAAACUUUGGCCGCUGCCAAACUUGUUGAGGAAAUUAUCAAGGAUGGAAAGAAGAGUUCCAAGCUUUGA